UCACCUGUACGAGCCCGAAGCGGGCGCCGUGGGCGGAGCUCCAGGCCCCGCCCCUCCAGGGGGCGGGGAGAUACCGGCUCGGACCAAUCCCGAGGGCGCGCUCGGCUCGGCCCCGCCCCUCCGCCGCGAUGGCUGCGCCCGGUUGCCACGUGGGCGCCGGGGCCCGGCGGGAGGCGGCGGGGGAAGCGGAAAGGGAAGCGGAAGCGGAAAGGGAAGCGGAAAGGGAAGCGGAAGCGGCGGGGGUCGGGGCGCUGCGCUCCGUGUUCCCCCGCGACCCCGCGCUCUUCGCCGACGCGUUCCCGGUGCGGCGGCGGUACCGGCUGGGCCGGCGCGUCCUCCGCAUCGCGCAGCACCACGGGCGGCUGGGGGCGGCCGCCUCCGUCUGGGAGGCGGCCCUGUCCCUGUGCCGGUACCUGGAGGAGCAGCACUUCGAUUUUCGGGGCCGGACGGUGAUUGAGCUGGGCGCCGGCACUGGCAUUGUUGGCAUCCUCGCUGCCUUGCUGGGAGGGGAUGUCACCAUCACGGACCAACCGGCGGCGUUAGAACAAAUCUGGGAAAACGUCCGGCUGAACUUCCCGCUGUCAACAGCCGCUCGGCCGCGGGUGCGAGCGCUGGUCUGGGGCCAGGACGAAGGGUCCUUUCCUGGGGGGUAUGAGGUGGUUUUGGGGUCUGACAUCGUGUACCACCCCCCUUCCUUCCCCCACCUCCUGGGGACCCUGCGGCACCUCUGUGGCCCCCGGUCCCUUGCCCUCCUCUGUGCCAAGAUGCGGGGGGAAGAAAGUGGCGCCCGCCGCUUCUUCCAGCAGAUGUUACCGGAGUAUUUUCGGAUCCAGCUGCUGCGACGGGAGCCAGAGGAGGAGAUCGAGAUCUAUAGGCUGACCUGUAGGGGUGGGGGUGACCCUAUAGAAGAGGGAGGGGGCACCCCCGACCCCGGUGUCACUCAGGGAGGGGCUGUCCCUGCACUGGGGGUGCCCUGAGGGGGGAUUAAAUGGUGACGAGGG